UGUCUGAGAUCUAUGAAACUAUCUGCUCUCAGCUUCCUGCUGAUUCAUGGAAAUACUUUGAGAAAUAUUCAACAUAAGAGCACAACAUGACAGGAUGAAGUUGUGGGAGGGUUUGACUCAGACAGCACAUCAGGGUGGCGGUGACGCAGCAGGGAACUAAUGGAACCAGGAAGAAGAAGAAGAAGUUGUUUAAUGGCUGACUGUUAAAAUCUUUGUUUUGAGCCUCGUGGACAGAACCUUCUUCUGUUUGAAUCUUCACCGGGAGGAGCCGCUGAUUAUCUGCGGGACUACAUGUACCGUGGUCGGCCUCCUCCGAGGGGAGGCUACCCGCCGCCUUUCGAAGGCCGAGGACCGCGGCCUCCGCGGCCUUACCCGGCUCCGGACUACAGAGACGACCGGAGCCGGCCCAGACCUCCGUACCACCACGGCUAUCACGAGCACGGUCAACCGGACUCAUACCGCCGGUCCCCACCACGCAGGAGGUACCCUUCCCCCGGAUCAGGAAGCCACCGAGGCGCGGAGCACUGGGCUGGAGGUCCCCCGAGAGAGAGGUCUCUGUCACCACGUGGCCCAAUUCCCCUCGACCACAACCUGGUUAUCACUGUUGGCAACGAGCUGACGUCAGGGUCUGGCUCCGCCCCUUCACGCCAUCAUGACAGAGACUUCCCUGCUCGACCUGAGUAUGAGCGGGGCAGGGGCCGCAGUCGCGACCGCAGUCCGGACAGAAGCCGAGCCAAGAGUCUAGGUCGGAGCAAGAGUCGGCCCCGCAGCCAGAACCGGAGUCCGGACCGAAGCCGGGCCAAGAGUCGAGGUCGGAGCAAGAGUCGGCCUCGCAGCCAGAGCCGGAGUCCGGACCUAAGCCGGGCCAAGAGUCGAGGUCGGAGCAAGAGUCGGCCUCGCAGCCAGAGCCGGAGUCCGGACCUAAGCCGGGCCAAGAGUCGAGGUCGGAGCAAGAGUCGGCCUCGCAGCCAGAGCCGAAGUCCGGACCUAAGCCGGGCCAAGAGUCGAGGACGCAGCAAGAGUCGUGCUUUCAGCAGGUCUAGAUCCAGGUCCCGUUCUAAAGGGAGGAGCAGAGGGAGGAGUUUCAGCAAAGUAGCGAGUCAUGGCCGCAGUAGAAGCCGCAGUGUGAGCAGCAGCUCCAGCUCAAACUCGAGCAGCCGCAGCCACAGUGGAGAUGAAAGAUACAAGAAAGGCUUUAAAGAGCUGGAGAUGGCUCGACGCAGGAAAGAGCUGGAGGAGAUUCUGAGCCUGCCGACAAAAUCCAUCCUGAAGAAACGCAACGACUCACCAUCGAUCCGGAAUGUAGACUCCCCCCGUGGCCUCGUCGGCUCCAACGUGUCUUGUGUGGCCGACCAGAUCCUGCAGGCGGUUAAAGGCAUGGACCCUCACAUGGUGGCGUCCGUUUUGUCGGAGCUGGGGUCCGACCCGCAGACAGUUCAUCGUGCUGGGUUCGACACGGAGAUCAAAGAAAUCCUCAACCUGUUGGAGGGGGCAGGGGUCAAGACCCAGAUGAAGGCUGUGGACGAAAUUGAUGAUGAGGAGAAGUUUCUGUACGGAGACUCUGAGGAGCCCAAACCUCCACCAGUGUCCGAGCCGGUCCGACACCAUGGGCUAGAUAUGUACGGAGACGUGACGGAGGAGGCGCUGUAUGGAGAUUACCCCCUAACAAAAGCCACCAUCGUUCAGACCUUUGGCCUCCCCCCAGGGGCCUCAUCUCACCUCCAGGCCCCAUCCACCACAGAGGAGCUGGACCCAAGGAACGCUAGUCGUUCCAUUAUCAGCCCGGACCAGAACACCACAGUACAGGUGUCAAACCCAGCCCAACCCUCAGGUACGGAGUCACUAGAGGAGUAUGAGAAGAUCCAGGACCUGCUGAAGACCAUUGGCCUCGACUUGGGUGUCACAGAGAUCAGCAAGAUGGCUGCCAGGACCAAGGAGCGUCUCCACGGAAACAAGCCUGCGAAGACGCCCACGCGUCGCAGGCGGUACUCCUCUGACAGCUCGGACGGCAGCCAAGGUCGCAGGAGGCCGAGCCGGAGCGGCAGUUCCAGCAGCAGUAGCAGGAGCAGGAGUCGCAGCUGGGGGGGUAAACGGGGGAAGAGUUGGAGCAGUGACGACAGCUGCAGGAAGUCGGCUCCAAACAAAUCUGUCAAAGACGAGACAAAUGUCGAACAGAAAAUCACAGCGCCGCCACCACACAACGAACUGCUGCCACAAAUCCCUGACCCCCAGACCCUCCCUCCUCAUUCUGGGGUGCCCAUACCCACCUACCCCCACAGGCCCAUGGUAUGAUGCCCCUAAUUACCCCCACCAGGUUAUGGCCAGUAUGGAAACUACCUGCCCUACAUGCACCAGCAGUGGCCACCUUUGUACCCACCCCCAACAUUACACUGCCCCCAGACCGGCUCCGACGAGUUCCCUCCAACUCAGCAGUACCAAGAGCCUUACCAUAAACUGGCCUCUGAGCCAGGGCCAAAGGUCAUUUUGUUUCUGUCCAAAGGUUCGGUGAAGACGUUAGCUCAGGACAGAGAGAAGAGCGUCUCAAAACUCAGCAGCUACGAAAGGAAAGUGUCUGAGGAGCAGAACAAUGAGAGUCAGAAACAAAAGGUUCUGGAGGAGCGGGAGAAGCUGAAACAGGAGAGGGAGGUGAGGAUGAAGAAGAAGGAUUAUCUGAUGAAGGAGCUGGAGAGACUCAGAAAGCAACAGGGUGAGCUCUUGAGGAAGAAGCGCAGGGAGAAAGAAGGUCACAAAGACCCUCUGCUGCAGGAGAUCAGCCGACUGCAGGAGGAGGUCAUGACUCAGAUCUCUAACCUCCGCAAGGAGCAUGAGGCCGCCGAGAAGAAACGUAACGAGAUCGACAAAGUGGCGCUCAUCCUUGGCCUCAGCCCAGCCGACCGGCCCCGCAGGGUUAGCAAACCCACUGAAGACCAGAGCUUUCCGCCGCCAGAGAAGAAGAGACGGGAGGCAGAGAGGAGUCCUGAGGGACGACAGGCGUCCAGCAGUUCUACGUUAAAGAACUCAGCAGCGCCACCAUCUAUGUCGCAGAGAGCGUCCCCUAAUAAGACACCUGUCAGCGCCCCACCUGCGACCCCUCCCCCGGAGCCGUUUGAAUACUAUGACGCUGGAAACCACUGGUGCAAAAACUGUAACGUCACUUCUGGUUCCAUGUUUGAUUUUUUCACGCACUUGCAAAGCAAAACGCAUCGAAAGACUCUUGACCCGUACGACCGGCCCUGGGCCUCCACAUCCACCAAAAUCACCAAGAACACGCCACAGGAGGAGAAACAGACUAAACCCGCCAAAGGUUCGGAGUUCCUGCAGCCCGUCAGAGGAUUCUUCUGCCUACUGUGUAAAGAGUUUUAUGGAGACGCCAUCUGUGCAGAGGAGCAUGUCACCACGCAUGCUCACAACGAGAAAUACAAGAAACAAAUGUAUGAGAAUCCGCUGUACGAACAGAGAAGGAACCUGGAUCGACAGGCGGGACUGGCCUUAGACACAAGUGGAAAGAAACGCAAGCAUGACGACGACGAGAAAAGCGGCAAAGACAAGGAGGAAAAGGCCAAACACAAAAAAGAGAAGAAAGACAAAGAGAAAAAGAAGGAAGAUGACAAUGCUGCUCUGAAGGAAGAAACAUCUAUAUUCAAAAAGGAGGAUGAGGAGGAGAGACUGAAAGACAACAAGACAGGGGAGGAUUUUAAAAGUACCAAGAAUCUGGAAGAGGAGCGAUCUUCUUACAGUAAGAAAGAUGAGGACGAAAACUAUAAAUGCAACAAAAGGGAUGAUAAAUACCGCUACAACGAAGAGGAGAGGGGUGACCGACACAGAAACAGCAGAGCAGAAGAGCAUCGUUACCGGCAUCGCAAUGACAAUGAUGAGAGAUACGAUGACCACCCAAAAUAUGGUCCAAGAGAUGAUGAAGAAAAGUAUAAAUACAGUAAAUAUCCUCCAGACUCAAGAUCCAAAUGUGACAGAGAACGAGAUGAAGGGAACCCCAAGACUCGGAGAGAAGCAUUUAAAAAGCCUGAGCUUGGAAAACCAGCAGGGAAACCAGAGGUCACCAAACCUGAACCUCCACCAAAGCCCUAUGACCCGCCCAAAAUCUUUUGUGGUCCCAGUCCGGCCAUGAGGGCCAAGCUCCGCAAACAGAGCCUGGAGGCUGGCAAGCCCACCCCUGCAGUCACAGCCCCGACAUUUGGAAAGUUCACUUGGAAGAAGAAGGAGAACACGCUGACAAAGGUGGCUGAGAAAAUCGCUGCUGAGUUCAUCAAGGAAGAUGAAGCGGCUGCGAGCCUACAGCUCGUCUCCGUGGAGGAUUCUUUUGCUAAAUCUGUGGCUGUUGCUAAAGAGAUUGCAGAGAAGCUGGGGGGUAACCAACCAAUGCCUCCUCCUUGGGUGUCCAAUGGAGCCAACCGGGGAAGAAUCCGGCCCAACCUCCCAGCCCCUGCUGCAGUCUUGAGGAAAACGACCAUGAUGGGUAAACCUGCACCUCUGAAUACCUUUCUCUCAAUCAGACCCCAAAACACAACUUCACAAGGACCUCCUCUAAAAGACCUGCCGCUGUUCUCUGAUGGUCUCUCAAAAGCUCUAAGUGCUCAAAACGCACUGCUGGAAGGUAAAUCUCCACCUAAACUGUUAGAAGCUAGACUUCCAUUGCCAGUGUCCAGACAAUCCCCAAUUGAGGUUAAACCUGCACCACCAGUUUCUGAACCAUUGUCAACUGAGGCCACACCGAGUGAGACUAAGGCCACACCCACUCCGGUCAAGGCCACACUCACUCCGGCCAAGGCCACACCCACUCAGGCCAAGGCCACACCCACUCGGGCUAAGCACACACCCACUCAGGCCAGGUCCACAGAAUCAGAGGGUAGACCUCAGUCAUCUGUGGCUACUCCUGCUUCCUCUGAGGCCAAACCUCCACAAUCAAUGGUGGUAAAGGUAGUGUCUGACGUUGCAGCUCCUGGUGUCCCAGAGAACGAGCAGACUCGUACUGUGUUCGUCAAGCCUCCACCUUUUAUGAACAUGACUGACAGAUUUCCGAAGUCUGAGAAACUUAAGAGUAACCUGGCUGCAGCCAAAGCCAGGGAAUUAUUUGGCAUCUUCUACAGUGGCAUCAGCCAAUCGGGUCCUUCUUCCAUCACCAAAUCAGACUCCAGAGCUGACAAGAGUAGCACCAAUGAAAGUCUACUUCCAGCCCCGCAAGCACUAAAUCUACAACCUCCGGCCCAAACCCAGUUCCAACCUACAACUGACGUCCAAACAUCGCCACAACCAGACUCAACCAGUUCCUCACCAAGUUCACAAUCCCAGAUUAAAUCUGAAAUUCAGAUUGCUUCAGUUUGGUCCUUGAACUCUGGCCCUGCUCCAACACCAGAGGAGGCUCUAUCUGAAACACCUUCAGCAACAACUCAACCAAAACUGACUCCUUCAGCUCAGAUAGAGACUCAGAGUGUAACCCAAAUCGAGUUCCAAAUUCCCCUACAAACUGAAACUGCUGAGCCAGAUUCAACACCUCAAACUCUGCUCAAAUCAGAUCAGGACUCCCAGUCUCAUACAGAGACAAAUCCUGAUGCCACUCCAGAACCUGAACCCAAACCAAGUCCCAAAACAAGAGGCAAGAAAACUCCCCCUGCCUCCUGCCCUGUCAGACAAACUCGAUCCCAAACCAGAUACCAGACUCGGCGGCAGCAGCAACAGCGGGGCCAGUUUGAGCUACAAUCAGAGAUAGCUUCAGGGAACUCUGAAUCAGCAGUUUCAGACCCAAAAAGCCUGGACACAUCAGACCCAGACACUGGGUCUCAGUCAGAGGAGGGGAACCCCAGUGAGGGAGACCCUCAAGUGACGGAGAUCACCACUGAAACACUCGGCCUCCCCUCUGACAUGACCUCCCUGGACUUUGAGUACGAUUUUAACUUUGAGUAGAGUUAACUGGACCUAAUGUAAUCUAUGGGGGGAGAGGGGUCAUGGACAGUUUAUCUGUGAUUCACAAUUUAUUAAAGUUCUGCUGCAUGUGAGAAUUACGACUCUUAAAACACUUCAUCUGUUGGACCAGUUGGCGUCUUCUCUAGAGUCACAUGACUCAGGUUUCACCUGAGGAUCCAGAACAAUCUUGUCUCAGGUGUUUGAGCCUUGAGUGAACAACUUGCUGCUGCUCUGUUUUUCACCAGUUUAUUGAUCCUGUGAACAAGUGUGUUCUUACAUCGUAAAACACCCGGUCAAUUGUCAUUUUUACUUUUUUCUCAUAUAGAAAAUGUUGUUUGAACAAAACAAGGAAUUUAAUUCUACUCUUGAUUCCUUUCUGAGGUUUAUUAAUUAAUGAAGAUAGUAAUUAAAAUGUAAUAAAUUGGGAAUUUGUUUUCUUUCAUUUCUUUAUUCAGGUCAGUUUAUUUUAAUUGUCUUGAAUCAUUGGAACCAAGCAUUUUCUUAGAAUUAGUCAAAGUCAUCGUUAGCUUGACAGACAGAGAAACUCUUCAAAUGUGGUUAAUGGUUGAACUAUAUGGCCAAAGGUGUGUGGACAGCUGCAGGUUGUUUGUUGCAGUUUCCCAAAAUGAGCAGCACUUUGGUGACUGUGGAGGAAAAACUCCUUCAUUUACUGGAAGAAACCAGUAAAUGAAACCAGACUCAAUGGGGGUCUGCCUCAACCAGUUGGGGUGAGCAGGUAAAAAUAGGGAGGAGAGAUGGGUGGAAAAGAGGGGAGAGAAGAGAGAGAGAGAGAUGAGGGGGAGGAUAUAUGAUUUGUUCUUGUUAAUUACAGGACACAGGUUAGUUCAUAGACAGAUUUAUGUUGACUGUGUUUGAUUCUGUAAACAUGUGGAACCUGAAAGUUUGUGAACCAGCCUUGGUUCUAAAAACCAUGUUCAGCUGCAGUGCCCUGCUGUCCACAUACUUUUGGUCAUUUCGUAUAUACCAGGCUCCUCAGACAUCACCCGACAAGAGUUUCUAAAGUGUGGGAUUGUUCCUUUAAAGAUCGCAGCGCUAUCACGUUCUCCUUAUGCUCCUGAAGGUUAUGUCCUGUAGCUCCUCCUCCUCCUGCAGGUGAUGUCCUGUAGCCCCUCCUCCUCUUGCAGGUAAUGUCCUGUAGCUCCUCCUCCUGUAUACUCAUUGUCUUCUGUUAAGUUGCUCGACGACGAAGAUGUCACGGACCAAUUAGAGCAGCCGUAGUAGUCACAUGUACUCUGUCGUGUUGGAAGCCCUGAUCUGACGUGUUAGAAUAGGAAAAAACUGCUUGUCUUGUAAAACCUGUUGCUUUAAAUAAAGUUUUAUUAAAAGUUAGUGAAAACAG